UAUGGUCUCUGGCUCCUAGAUGAUAGGUAGGCGAUUUAUUUUAUAGUAAUAAAUUGCCUAUAAAUUACAAAAUUGUCUUAAUUUCGAUUGAUUCGAAAAUGACCAAUUUUUAUUAUAAACAGUAUUCUUUCUUAAUUAUAUUUUAAAGUGAAAAUGGGUUCUAAAAUCAUGAUUGGGUUUUUGGGGCUGUCAACAGUGGUUGUGACUUUCCUAGCAACUCGCCUGUACAGAGACCUGCUUAUAAGCUAUGAGCAGAGCUCUCCUGCUCAUGAAUAUUCUUGGUUCUUUCACUUGUUACUAAACAUGGCUGGGUACUCCACAAUACUGCUGCCAGGUUUCGUCAUCUACAAGUACAUACAGAAAACCAACUACUUCGACAAACUGAGCUCACCAGGCUGUUUGUCACGCAGCCUGUUCGCCAUAUUUGGAGACCCUGGCGAACGCUUGCCCACCACAGAUGCACCAAAAAUAGAAGACAGUCCGCGGCGUGAGGCGGCCGAGCUGGCGCUCUGCUUCAGCGGGCUCAUGACGGCUUACCUUGUGUGGGGGCUGUUGCAGGAGAAAAUAAUGACACAGACCUACACGAUGUCAGACGGCUCGACAGUGAAAUUUAACGACUCCCAGCUGCUAGUGUUUAUCAACCGGCUCCUCGCGUUCUGUAUCGCAGUGGGCCGUCUACUCUGGACUAGGACUCCCCUGUUCCCAGUGCCGUUGUACCAGUUCUCGUACUGUUCGCUCAGCAACAUAGUCAGCGCGUGGUGUCAGUAUGAAGCGCUCAAAUAUGUCAGCUUUCCUAUGCAGGUGCUAUCCAAAUCGUGUAAAGUGAUCCCGGUGAUGCUAAUGGGCAAGGCCGUGUCGGGCAACAAGUACGAGCUGUACGAAUACGUGACGGCCGCCAUGAUCUCGUUGGGCAUGGUGUUGUUCAUGCUUGCCAGCAAGGAUGAAUAUGCAGCGGGCACAUUCUCCCUCGCAUCGGGGGUAACCCUCCUCGCGCUGUACAUGUGCUGCGACAGCUUCACGUCGUCGUGGCAGGCGCGGCUGUUCGCGCGCACCCGCGCCGCGCCGCUGCACAUGGUGGGCGGCGUCAACCUGUUCUCCGCGCUGCUCACCGCCGCCGCGCUGCUGCAGCAGACGCCCGCCACCGCCGCCAACCCGCGCUGGUCGCUGCUGCAGCACCCGCAGUUCGCGACCGACGUGGUCCUGCUGUCGGUGAGCUCGGCGCUGGGGCAGCUGCUCAUCUAUCGCACCAUCGCGCGCUUCGGCGCCGUCGUCUUCACCAUCAUCAUGACACUGCGGCAGGCGGUGUCCAUCCUCCUGUCGUGCCUCGUGUACGGGCACCGGCUGUCGUUCGCGGGCGUGCUGGGCGUGUGCGUGGUGUUCACGGCGAUAUUCCUGCGCGUGUACUGCCGCCAGCGCCUGCGCCGCCGCCGCGGCGCCAGCACCUAGCGCCGCGCCGUCGCCGACGGGGCGAGGAACGUGCGGCGAGAGAGUCAAGUGUAGAAUAAUGGCUGAUUUAGACGGCGCGCGAACUCGCAUGCGAUUUUAGUUACAUUGCGGACUGUUGGUUACGUCCAAUUCAACCGACCGAUCAAAACCCGCAUGAAACUCGCAUCGUCUAAAUGAGCCCUAAAGGAUAGGCUUUUGUUGCCUGACUCGGCAAUCUGUUCCUAGCUAGCGUAUUUUAGGAUUUGGCGCCCAGGCCUCAUCUGUUGGUCGCUCCGUAGCCGCCCGAAACAGACCGCGAAGUUCUGCUUGCGUCGCCCCAAGCUCUUUUGGCUAUAGGGUAAAUAUGCCCCUGUACUACCUAGUACCGUAAAACGGGGUGAAAAGACACGAUUUUCAACUUCAAGGACGAUUUUCGCCAAUAAUCCAAAUGAUAAAAGUAAACAUUUUGAUAUCAUUUUUUGAGUCUUGGUUAGUUCUUCAAUUUUUCAUUUAUAAAAUAAAAUUUUACCUACCCAAUUCAGAGAAAAUCAGAGAAAACUACCUGUUUUCUCCAUAUCCUUAAAACGGGGUCGAUAGACACACGAAAGGGGUGAAUAGAAAUAUAAAGUUUUAGCCGUCAUAGGCAUUGAAUUCGGUCAUUAUUAUGUUGAUACUCUAUUGGCAAAUGGUAUAUAUAUCUGUUAAACAGCUAUUUCACACAAAAUUAUUUUUUCGUGUCUUUUAACCCCCAAGGCGUGUCUUUACACCCCUUUGUUGUAUCUAACCACCCCCUAUGGCGUAACUAUUCACCCCAUAUGCGUGUCCAUUGACCCCUUUAUCACGUAAAAUUGCAUGUUAUUAGUUUUUUGCAAAAUAAAUGCUUCUUUAUAGAGAAAAAUUGUGAUAUUAUUUAUGAUUUAGGUACUAGAGAUACUAUAUUACCAGGUUAGCUAACUUUUAUUUAGUUAAUGUCAAAACAUUUACCGCUAGAACAAAGUUCAGACAGGCUUCAUCUCUUACCUCGGCGAGACCUUACUUUAGAGUCAAAAAAAUCAGACUUUUAGGCACUUUGAUUAAGUUCUUUUGGUAUCAAUGUAGAGAAUAAAUAGUCUACUAUAUACGCAAUCCAAAAAAUCUGAUUUUAGAGAUGUACGUUUUUAAAUAUAACAACUUGAAAGAAAAAGUUCAAAAUUUCUCUAUUCACCCCGCGAUUUCUGUUGACCCCGUUUUACGGUACACGGUUAACCCUUGAGCGCCACGACUGUUAUAUAUAACGGGCCAUCAUAAAUAUCAUUGAAAUACAUUAGGUUAACAUUAAACUGUAAUCAUGCGUCUGUGGUCGUCUAUGGCGUCAAAGCGCCUAUAUUAUCUGGAUCCGGAUCUGGUGUGUUCUUUACUAGUUAGAUCCGGAUUGGAAAUCUGCCCUCUACUUAUCGAUUUAUUGAUAUAUGUAAGCGUAAAUAUAUUGGCAGCGUUAAGAACGAACGCAGUAUGUAGUGUAGAGUACGUUGCAUAAAACUGUUCUUCUCUAAUCUGAAAGAUGCUCGAAUUCUUAUUUAUAUAAGCGAUAUAAUGUAUGUUGAUGUUGACUUAAAUACGGAAGUUGAGGGCCUGAAUUACAUUUAUAUGAUUAAUUUUCGAUAUACUGGUCCGAUUGCAUUGAUAUUUUAAGUAUACGCUCUGAUAAAACGGUUGUCUGACGUACGUUUCGGAGCGCACUUUCAAUGUGACUAUACAUUAUAAAUGGCAGAAGCGAUUCAGUCCGUCCGGAGCCGACCGGCUUGUAGCCGUACAAAUGUGAAAUGCGCUCCGACUCCGCCUGUACGAUGGGAAUAAGAAAAAAAUGUUUAUUCGAUUUUACUUACAACGGUAUGCAGGCGUGUUCGGUGUGUGGUGUGUGUAUGUGUGUGGCUUUCGACGCAGUAUUCGUCGUCGCAACAGUCUGUAGUGGUUGUGAGACCUGUGAGUAUGGUAUCUAAAGUCUGACAAGAUUAUGUUUGGCCCUGAGAUAGUAAGUAAGUAAAUAUAAGUAAACACUUUAUUGCACGAAAUAGAGGAAUAAAGGUACAUCAGAUAGAACAUAAAUGUAGUACAAGGGCGAACGUAUCCCUAAGAGGGAUCUCUUCCAGUUAACCUAUAGCUACCUAAGGAGUAAUUAAAAGCUAUACCUAGUAGUGUCGCAACAAACGGCUUACAUAUGUUAAUAAUGUGGGUAAGUUUUAUGUAGGUAUGUAUAGUCAACGACCAAUUUCAAAACAUUGUUUGUUGCCAGUACAAUAAGCUAGUACAGUCACUUGCAAUAAUACGUUACCCUUCGAAGGCCGCAAAAAUAUGUGACACGCCCUUAUGGCUCUACAAAUAAGAUCGUGUCAGAUAUUUGUGCGGCCUUCGUUGUGUAACAUAUUAUUGCAGGUGACUGUACCACUGAAAAUCCGCAACAUGGCGAAGGCCAAAUAGGAUCUUGUCAGGCAACACGAGAGGAAGCAAAGGUUGAGGUGUAGGAUGUUAUAUUAUUGUAUAUUAUAGUACACGUUAAGCGCAAUAAAGGGUAUGUUUUCGUGGUAUUAAUUUUCCCUGGAGAAUUAUAUUUUCUACAAAAUUUUGAAACUGUUAUUGUUUUCGGUUACCGCGAUAGUUACUCGUGAAAUAAAACUAUGGGGACUGAUUAUAUCGCGUAUAAUGAAUUUAUAAUACAUCCCGAAGUUUCGAACCCUUUACAGCGUUCGUGGUCAACGAGUGACUGAGGAAAAAUAAAUCUCUAUGAAAAUCACAAUGUAUAAAACUAUCCACACACAAAAUAAGGAAUUAAAGGCUAUAAAUUGGCUGAUUAAUUGAUUAUACAUAUUAUAAAUUACAACUAUUUUCAAGUGAAGAGAAAGCUACGCCGUUUCUAACCCUACACCUCUGAUUCGAGAAGAUUUAAAUCCCUCCUAAAUUGUAGGAGGGUAUCCCAAUAUGGGACCGGCUAGAAACUCGGCGGGACACAUGGUGGUAGAGAAAAGCCAUUCCCCUACAUUAAAGUUUGGAUGUUCAUUAUACGCGUCCAUAGUUUAAUUUCAUUAGAAACUGUUGUUUAGUUAAAGUUUUAUUACUGCCACAAAUAAUUUCAUUUGAUUCAAUCAAUGUAGGUAUAUCGAAAAUAGGAUCUUUCCCGUUAGGAGUUUAUACCUACAUGGUUUUUACCUGUAGAGUGUUUGGAAGUCGAUUGGACAGAUGGACUACCACCCUUAAGGACUCAUUUAGACGGUCCGAGAACUCGCAUGCGAGUUUCAUUACAUUGCGUUAUUUGAUCGGUCGGCUGAGUUUUUGUAACCUCAAUGGUCCGCAAUGUAACUAAAAUCGCAUACGAAUUCGCGCGCCGUAACGCCGCCGUGCGACUACUCGUAUGCGAGUUUCAUUACAUUGCGGUGUUUGGUUGGUCUGCUGAAUGGAUGUAACCACAAUAGUCUGCAAUGUAACUAAAAUCGCAUACAAGUUUGCGCGCUGUCUAAAUGAGCCCUUAAACACACGGCAGUGUAUCCGGCUAAAUUCAAGAAAAAAAGUCUUGCGGCACCGCAGUGUGUGUAAACUCAGGGGAUAAGUAAAGCGGGUUAUGCUGGACAUUGACUAUAAUACUUUUCUGCAGCAUUUUGUACAGUCAUGGACAAAUUUAGAGGAACGCAAAAUAAAGGUUUAAUUACUAAUUUUGAAAUUACUUUUUUGGCAAGUACUUAAACCUUUGUUUGCGUUUGCUCUAAAUUUGUCCAUGAAUAUAUGGGAUAGAUAAUCAGUAAUUCAAUCCCUGUAAGUUCCAAUUGUAUUGUUAUGUCAGGCGUAAAUGAUUUUCCUAAUCGCGCGGUUAUUUUAUGCGAUAAACGCAACGUUGAACGCAUGCGUCAACGGAAUAUAGGAAGAUGCGUUUACCGCGUAAAACUAUGUAGUGUCAUUAGAUUAUGUGAUGUAAAAUGGGUAUGCG